AUGCAUUCACUCUCAUAUAUAUAUGCUGCUAUUGUGGGACUACAAGCUUGCACCUCAGAUAUAUCUGUUCUGAUCGAUCUAGAAACCAUUGUUUUGCCGGAGGUCAUUUCCAUUUUGAAUCAAGCUUACAAACUUGAUCAUGACUGGCUCCUUGUUUCUUCAUCACGUUAUGUUUCCGACUUCCCAUUUCACUUGGAUGCAGAUGGGAAACAUUGGCAGGCAGAUGACGGUGCAAUGAUCAGAAACAUAGAGUUGCAGGACAUACUUGUUCAAACUUGGCAGUGGAAACGUUGUGAACCGAGGAUGCUUCUGGCAUGGAACAAUGGAGAUCAUCCUUUACAUACUGGAGUCCUGCCUCCUUUCUUGCACGGAAAGGGGCUCCACAACCACUUAUUGUAUAAGCGCUUAUGUUAA